AUGCCUAAAAAAUCCACCAAAUCCAAAUCCAAGCGAACGACGUUGAAGCAGAAAUACAAAGUCAUUCGUAAAGUGAAAGAGCACCACAAGAAGAAGCGGAAAGAGGAAUCUCGCCUGAAAAAACUCGGGAUCAAACCGAAGAAACCGAAAGAGAUUGGCGGCGUCCCGGCGAAUUACCCGUACAGAGACGAGUUAAUCAAAGAGAUGAAGUUUGAGAACUUUCGUCAAGAUCACAUCAAAGAGCAGAAGAAGUUGGAGAGGAACCAGAAGCGAGCGGAGAAUAAAGCGAAGGCGAAGGCGGGGGGAGAAUUUGAAGAUUUGGCGACGAUGGCGAAGAAGAAAGAAAACGCGUACGAGAUGAAGUUGAAAGCGCAGUUGGCGGAGACUCUUGGUAGUUCUGCAGAUGGCAUGCAAACGGCGGACGAUAGGGAUUCGGACGCCAGUCGCCGGGCGUAUUACAAGGAGUUCGUAAAAGUGGUCGAGUUGUCGGACGUGGUUAUUCAAGUGUUGGACGCGAGAGACCCGUUGGCGUGUCGAGCGCCCGAGGUGGAGAGGUUCGUGAGGAAGACGAAUCCUGGGAAGAGGGUGAUUUUGUUGCUGAACAAGAUUGAUUUAGUGCCGAAGAGCAACGUGGAGGCGUGGCUGAAAUAUUUCCGCGAAGAGCUUCCUGCGAUUGCGUUUCAAGGCAACAAAAAAUCUAAAUCCAACGGUGGCGGGGCAACCUUAUUGCAACUGUUGAAGAACUACGCCAGAAAUAAAAAUAUCAAAACGUCUAUUACCGUCGGCAUCGUUGGGUUUCCGAACGUCGGUAAAUCUUCCAUCAUCAACGCGUUGACGAGAUCCUCGACCUCCGCCGCGACUGGGAAUACUCCAGGAAUGACCACGAAAGCGAAAGAGAUUAUUUUGGACAAACACGUGAAACUUUUAGACAGUCCUGGCGUGGUUUUUUCGUCUGCGAACGGUGAAUCGGAAGGCGCGACGGCUCUGAGAAACUGCAUCAAAAUCGAACGUCUGACGGAUCCGAUUGCGCCGGUGCACGAAAUCAUCCAAAGGUGCCCUCAAGAGAAACUGAUGGUGACGUACAAAACUGGAAAGUGGGCCGAUGUGGACGAUUUCUUGAGACAAGCCAGUCGCUCCAUGGGAAAACUGAAGAAAGGUGGUAUUCCAGAUUUAGUCGCCUCGGCAAAAGUUAUCUUAGCCGAUUGGAACGCCGGGAAGAUCCCGUACUUUACGCAACCGCCAAAAUUUCGCGAAGGACACGAACAACACGCCUCCACUGAGUUUGUUUCUAUCGAAGCAAAAGAAUUUGACGUCGAAACCGCGUACAAGAACGAAACGUCUACGGUUAUCGCGGGUUUACCAGAGAAUGACGACGUCGAUUUCGCGUUGAUGAGCGAUACCAUCGGUUCGGGGAUGAUGAUUGAAGAGCACGAGGAUGUUUUGAUAGAAAGAGCACAAACGAAUGGCGGCGCAGGAGCGAGAAACAUUGACGACGACGACGACGAGGAAAAUAUGGACAUUUCAGAGGAGGAAGAAGCGGAAGAGUUGGACGACGGCUCUGGAAAAAGAAAAACAUCUGCCGCCGCCAAGCGCGCCGAACGCGCGAUGGAAAUUUCCAAGCGCGCCGACGCCAAGGCGCAACUCGGAAGAAACAAACAGUUAUACGGCAACGAAGGACAAUAUAAUCCUGGGCAAGAAAAAGCAAAAAGAAAGCGCAUGAAAAAAGAUAAAGAAAUCGCUAAGAACUUGGAACAAGACGAAGGCGACGGAAGUGAUUUCGAUUGGAGCGAAGACGAAGACGUAGAAAUGUAA